UGUGAAACUAAAGAGUGUUUUCAUGAGAGACAUCAACAACACUGUGCAGCAGAGUAUUGGUUACGGGACCAGAGGGACAGACCCCACACAGUGUAAACACAACCCUGGCUGUUCCUGGUUUGAACAGACUAGACUUUGUGGAUCGUUCUGAUGCGUUGGGCUGAUGUAGAUAUGGAGUAUUUACAUACAUUUAACCUCACUCAGGACACCCAAGUGCACAUUCCAGUGGAACGCCUGAGAGUAUCUUACAGCAGAAGCAGUGGUCCUGGUGGUCAGCAUGUCAAUAAAGUCAGCACUAAAGCAGAGGUCCGAUUCCACGUGCUAACAGCAGAAUGGAUCCCUGCAGAUAUUCGACAGAAAAUCUUUGAAAAGAACAAAAACCGCAUCAAUAAGGCCGGGGAGCUGCUGGUGACCUCAGAGCUGAGCAGGAGCCAGCACAGAAACCUCUCUGACUGUAUACAGAAGAUUUCUGACAUCAUAGCACAGGCCAGCGAGAAGCCAUAUGAACCAACAGCAGAGGACAUAGCUCUCAGGGAAGCCAGGUUAGAGAAGGGGAACAAGGAGCGACUCAGACAGAAGAAGAUCCAUUCAGCUACUAAGAGGAGCAGACAAGUGGAUUUUGACUGAUUUACUGACUGUUCACGCUUCUACCGCCAAUGACUGUCAAGAAUUACAUAUAAUUUACAUGUACAGUGUUAUUGAUUUCUUUGUAAAUACAAGAAAAAAAUAAAA